UUAAGUUCCAGAUUUGAUGGUAGAUAGUUGGUCCAUUGUGCUGGCUUAAAUCGGUGAUAGCUUAUAAUAAACGGAAAGUUAAUAGUCUGGAUAGAAAUAUAGCAUUUUGUAACACGUUCAAUUAGCGAGUUAAAUAAAAAAAGUGAAAUUGCGUGUCGUGCGCGACUGAAAACGGAAGCAGAAAAAGUGAAACUAUCGGUUUAGGCGAUGAGCCAUCAGCAACGUCAUAAGUGAAAAAUUGCAAAGAAAAUUAAGGAAGUUUGUGCAGAGGCAAGAAAAUAUUACAAACAAAUUAUUAAAAAAGAAUUAAAGAGUACAGGAAAAUUGUCACAAUUAUUGACGCUCCUACAAAAAGCCAAAAAUCGUUCGUCUGUCAAUUGACUACUGUGGUCGGUUGGUGUUUGGCCAGAGUUUAGCAAUUUAUUAUAUAAUUGAUUUUUAUUGCUUAAACGAUUUUUGUUUUGGGUUUUCAAUAAAAUAAUCGAAUGACAAUAGUUUUCGCGCGGACUUAACUACAGCAAAAAAAACCUAGGAGCUUUCAACUUUUGUGGCAAGCAAGCGAGAAAGUGCGAGAAACAAUCACAUAAUCAACGAUACAAUAAUUGAAACAGGCAAGGCGCACCUGCGGCAUUUCAAAACGAACUGGAACAAAAGAUCACUACUGACUCACAAUUGUAAGUCAAAUUUCAUGGUAAUAACAAAAACAAUUUGCAAAAGCUCAAUUGUAAAGUAAACGAAAUCAAAAAAGAAGACAAAUAGGAAACGGUGAAUUGUGGUUGUUUGCUCAGUGUAAGUAAAACGUCACCUGCGCUUGAAAAACGUCGACAUCAAACACUCAAAAUUGUUUGCAAACGGAUACGAAGUUUUCCUUACGCGUGCCUCUCACGUAACAUACACACACACACAACCAGGCACACACGCCGUUGCACCAGCUGUGAUGAUCCAUUAGAGGCACUGGAUGUGAUUGACUGACAUUUAAAACUAAAAUAUUUAUUUAUCACUGAAAUAAUUUGUUGCUUUCAACGAUUUCCUUCUACGCCUUCUCCACCAAUAUUUACCUUGUGGUCGGAUGCUAUAUAUUGUGUUGCUGACAUUCACGUUAAAUAUAAGAAAUAAAAAAACAACAGUGACAAGAACGCCCUACAUUAUUUACAACGCAACGUUGCAGCAAACUUGCGAUUGCAAAUUGCAACGUGUACAACAAGAGCAACAACAACGCGUACUCCAAGAUUCUCUAUUCAGGCCACACAUUUCGCACAUCGCCGCCAAAAUUGUACUUAAAUCAGAGAUUCAUCGCCAAAAUGAUUGGACGUUUAUUUCGUGCACACGGUGAAUUUUGUGCUUCCCAUCCGUGGGAGGUGAUUGUGGCGCUGCUAACACUGACGGCAUGCAUGCUGACAGUUGACAAACAAGCCGGCGGCAUUGGCGUCGGCGUUGGUGUUGGUCCUGACGUUGCUGGCAUGGGUACUGCCUCCACUGCAUCAUCGUCGUCGUCGUCAUCAUCGUCUUUGCCACCCUCAAUACCCAUCUCGUCAGCAACAUCUAGUCGACAACGACCGUGUCACGGUUGGAGUCAGUCGUGCGAUGGCCUGGAAGCCGAAUACAAUGCCGCCGAUGUGAUACUAAUGACGAUUGUACGCUGCACGGCAGUGCUCUAUUGCUACUACCAGUUUUGCAGCCUUCAUAAACUCGGUUCCAAGUACAUUCUAGGAAUCGCUGGUCUAUUUAUGGUUUUCUCGAGUUUUAUAUUUACAACGACUAUAAUAAAGUUCCUGGGCAGCGACAUCUCCGAUUUGAAAGAUGCCCUCUUCUUCAUGCUCCUGCUUAUCGACCUCUCAAAUUCAGGCACACUUGCACAAUUGGCACUCUCUGGCACAAAUCAAGCUGAAGUGACGAAUAACAUUGCCCGCGGCUUAGAGCUGCUGGGGCCAGCCAUCUCGUUGGAUACGAUUGUGGAAACGCUUGUAAUCGGCGUGGGCACGCUGUCGGGCGUACAGCGUCUCGAGGUGCUUUGCACAUUCGCCGUUAUGUCGGUGAUUGUCAAUUAUGUGGUCUUUAUGACCUUCUAUCCAGCCUGUUUGUCGCUCAUACUCGACUUGUCACGCAACGGCAUGGACAUGUCGAUGGUGCGUGCCAAAGCAAAAGACUCUAUACUCCUGAAGGCGCUGAACGAUGAAGAACAGAAAACGAAUCCGGUGGUGCAGCGUGUUAAAAUCAUAAUGACCACCGGUCUGAUGAUAGUGCACAUCUAUAGUCGCAUGGUGUUCUCGAGCACUGAAUAUGACACGGUGGAUAAGACGUUGACGCCACAACUGAAUUUAAAUAUAAACAGUAAUCGUACAGAAUCUGGUGAACUGACGGAUAUGAUUAUCAAAUGGCUUACUAUGAGCGCUGACCAGAUUGUCAUCCUCAUCCUUCUCAUUGCUUUGGUGGUGAAGUUCAUAUUCUUUGAGCAUCGUAAUGACUUGCACGAUCAGCUACGCCAAACCACGGUCGCUCUAGCUGUAAAAUCAUCUCAAACUCAACCCUUGAACGAUACAGAUAUUGCUGCCAUGGAAGCGAAAUCAUCAAAUGCCUUAGCUUCUACUUUGGAAACCACUGCCGACGUCUCGAAUAAAACUGAACUUGCCAUUAUAGUUCCUGAAUUGGUUGUGACGCCUCCCGAGGGCGUCUCACGUUCACAUCGUGUUCCCCUAUUCACAAUCGACGAACAAGACUUUGUAAAUGCGUCCACACAAACCGAGUCCAUAAACAGCGCUGUCCAAUGUCUGGCACUGGAAACAUGCAAAGCCGAACCACAUCCACCGCGCCCGCUCCAAGAAUGCUUAGAAAUUCUUCAGUCCACCGAGGAAUGGGGUGGAGCCGCCAAUCUUACAGAUGAAGAAAUUAUUAGAAUCGUUAACACAGCCAGUCAACAUUGCCCGCUACACAAGAUCGAAUCAGUACUGGAUGACCCGGUGCGCGGAGUUCACAUACGCAGACAAGUGAUUUGCGCACGUGCCAAGGUACCCACAGAGAGUAUGGAAUGUCUGCCUUACCUAAACUUCGACUAUCGUAAAGUAAUGAAUGCCUGCUGUGAAAACGUGCUGGGCUAUGUGCCAAUCCCAGUGGGUUAUGCAGGUCCUUUGCUGCUUGAUGGCAAUAAAUAUUUCGUGCCUAUGGCCACUACUGAAGGCGCAUUAGUCGCUUCAACUAAUCGGGGUUGUAAAGCACUAUCUGUGCGUGGUGUGACUUCGUAUGUUGAAGAUGUGGGCAUGACACGUGCGCCUUGUGUGCGCUUCUCAAGCGUUACGCGUGCUGCUCAGGCGAAAAGCUGGAUCAAUGAUGAAAACAACUACAAAAAAAUCAAAACUGAAUUCGAUUCCACAUCGCGUUUCGGCCGCUUGAAGGAGUGUCUAAUCGCAAUGGAUGGACCACAACUAUAUAUACGCUUUGUGGCAUUGACAGGCGAUGCCAUGGGUAUGAACAUGGUGUCGAAGGGUGCUGAAAUGGCAUUGAAAUGUAUCAAAGAAGAGUUUCCCGACAUGCAGAUCAUAUCGUUGAGUGGAAACUUUUGCUGCGAUAAAAAGCCGGCGGCAAUAAAUUGGAUUAAAGGGCGUGGUAAGCGUGUGGUAACCGAAUGCAUCAUUUCGGCGCAAACUCUGCGCACUAUACUGAAAACGGACGCCAAAACGCUGGUGGAAUGCAAUAAGCUGAAGAAUAUGUCCGGCAGUGCUAUGGCUGGUAGCAUAGGAGGCAAUAAUGCUCAUGCAGCCAACAUGGUGACGGCCGUCUUCCUCGCCACCGGCCAAGAUCCAGCGCAAAAUGUGACAUCGAGUAAUUGUUCCACCGGCAUGGAAUGUUGGGGUGACAGCAACGAAGAUUUAUAUAUGACCUGCACAAUGCCCUCGCUGGAAGUGGGCACCGUCGGUGGUGGUACCGGUCUACCUGGUCAGGGUGUAUGUCUCGAUAUGCUAGGCGUACGCGGUGCGAAUCAAGCGCAUCCUGGUGAGAAUGCAAAGAAACUGGCACAAAUCGUGUGCGCCACAGUUAUGGCGGGCGAACUGAGUUUGAUGGCAGCACUGGUGAAUAGUGAUUUAGUAAAAAGCCAUAUGCGUCACAAUAGGUCUUCCGUAGCAGUCAACGGCAAAAUGAUGCCACUCAACGUGACCCUGUCGAGUUGUAGUAACAUUAGCUAGGCUGCGACAUAAGCUCCAUUUAUUAAACCAACACUUCUUGACUCUACAUUUAUUGUUCAGACAAGAGUUAUAAGCAACAAUUUCGUUAAAAAAAAGCACAACGGCAGCGGCCAGCAGCUACGAGCGAUCGCGAACUGUGAUUGUGCAGACAAAUUCUCAAACUAUUGCUUAACUAAAUUGAUCUACGAAACGAAAUUGAGCAACUGCACAUUGGCUGCUGGAUCGCUUUAUCUAAAGCAUAUUCCAGGUACAACAUGCAUACCUACUUUUAGAUAUACAAAACAGACGUUAUGAGUAAAAACUAUGCGUUGAAAAAAAGAGGCCAAAAAGUCAAGUAUCUAUCUACAUUACUUCUCUAAAAAAAAGAGAGCAAGCAAAAUAUGUACAUAUGUAUGACACUAUUAAACUCGAAAAAGAAAAAAAAUAGUAGUUUGUUAAAUUUGCAACGACAAUUAAAUCUAUACAAAGUGAUGUUCUAGCGAUAGUAGCAUAGUGAGAAUGAGAUACGAGAGCGCCUGAUAAAGUCACGGCCUAAGGUACUUAAUGAAUGAAAAGUGCGUUUUUUAUAUUUUUCAAUUUCUCAAUGUAAAACACCCCGAGUGAAAUAUACUAUUCGCGUCGUGAACAUAAUACCUUUCUAUCUCUGAAGGAAUAUUCUUUUUAUUCAUCAUCAAAAUAGAUUUCUACGACUGCUUUCAUUCAUUCUCGUAACUUUUGUUAAAUUUGAAAAAAAAAAAAAGUCACUGUAAGCCAGGUCCGGACUGUAAGGUGGCUUUUGUAACAAUGAAUUCCCAAUUUCCGCUUUCCAGGGAAAACUGUUAAUGGUCGAUAUAAAUAAAGUGGGUGUUAUUUAAACUAAUAAUGAGUCGUGCAAUUAGUGUUAUCAGUAGCGAGAUGAUGAUUCAUCGCUAAGUACCUCGGGUUACGACCUUAUCAGCCGCCAGUCGUAAUAUGAAAAGCAUAACUGUGCAAUAAUACAAAUGUGUGGCAUUUAAGCGUAGAGAAGAGCUUCAAAUAAAAUUUAAAUCUGAAACUAGAUAAUGUCAAAGAAACGCGAAAUACUUACAUACUUAUAUAUAUAUACUUAAUUGAAUGUACUAGCGGUUUUAGGGAUGCCUCGUAGUCAUUUGUAGUGAAGCGUUACAAAGAUGAACUGUUCAAUUAAAAGUUCAAGUAGAAGUUAUAUAUUUAUGUAUACGCGCGGUGGGGUAUUAAUACCAAUUUUUGUAUAACAAAUCGUAACUGUUAAUAUCAUACCCAAACUGCAUAUUACUAUAUUUUGGGACUUUGGGAACUGUCAAGAGUAAAAUUUAACUAUUUAUUAGAAGCGCAUACGCAUGUACCCAUAGCUUAUGCCCGAAUAGCUGCUCUGCAACGUGCGUCAUACAAGUGAAACAGAAGUUUUUCCCAUUAUCGCUCAAAUCUUUUGCGUUCUAUAGUUCAGCACAAUUGGAACAACAGUUUUCAAAUAGUUUUUUUUUUUAAUUCAAACCGUUUAAUUUUAUUUUUAUUAUUAUUUUUUUUUUCAUUUUACUUAAUUUAAGCAAUUACACAUAAAAGGUAAACAAAUUGUAAAAAGUAUUUUUUAAGUUAUUUUAGGUAUUUCUUUUAAGUUUAAAAACGAAAGAAAUAGUAAAUCCAUUGUUAAACUUUUAAAGAAUACCUUAAUUAGUAUUAGAAAAAAUAUGGAAAAAUUGGAUUCUGCUCAGCAAAAACUAUUUCGCUUGAAUUCAUGGUCAUUUGAAUCGAAAGAAUUCUGUUAUCAGUUUGUUAUGCGGUUAUUAUCAUUGUUCGUUUGUGCAGUAAAUGUAUAAUUUUUAUUCUCACUCAGUGUGCUGAUAAUUGUUAAAUUUAAAGUAGUGAUGUUAUACACCUAUUAUAUGUAUACAUAUGUACAGCAAAUAUAUGUAUGUAUGUUUAGAACAUACUUAAAUAUUAUUGUGGCGGAUUAGAAGAGUUAAAGAAAUUGAGGUUAAGAAGAAGAAAAUCAUUAGGAUAUGGAAUACAUAUUUUUACUAUUAAAAGAGAAAAUAAAAAAACGA